AUGCGUUUGGGUUCCGUCUGUUCAUUGGUUGCCAGAAAACCAUCCCAACAACAACUUUCAUCAGCAACAUCUAGAGUUGUUUUGCAAUGCAAGCAAAAUCAAUAUAAAUUCUUGAUGAAUCAAACUUUCAAUAAUACAACAAUUAAACGUUCAUAUAGCGAAGCCGCUGAAGAAGAGGAAGAUGAUGAAACUAAACUCAGAAGACAACUCGCUAACCUUCCAAAACCUCUCCUAGACCCACUUAUCGUUCCGAGAAGAAGAAGAGGAAUAACUGUGGAAUCAUUUUUAAAGAAUAUCGGUAAAGGAUGCGAAGAACAUGUAGAUAAAUUUACUUCAUGGGAAGAUUUGUUCACCUCCAAGUCUCUCAAAUUGAAGGUUAAGGAAAUACCAGUUGCCCAACGUCGUUGGAUUUUGAAAUGGUUGGAAAGAUAUAGAAAGGGCGAAGUUCCAGGAUAUCCACAAACCUACUUGCAUUAA